GUUUUUUUAUCUACAGACUCUAGAACGCAUCCCUGCGAUCUCGUUCUCAAUCCCAAUACAUCUCUUUCAUACGAUUCUUGGAUCAAGAUUUCUUGAAUCCUUUUUUCUUCCAUAGACACCGCAUUUUCUAAUUUUACACUUCUAAGAAGAAGAAGAAUCAAACGCAAUGACUUCCAAGAAGCGCAAGUCGGAAGAAGACCCCACGACCAGCGUCGCUGCGACUGGUGCCGACGAUGCUAGCAAGAGCAAGAAGCGCAGACGCGUGAGCGAAGCGGUCGCAGAUGAAGAACCUCCUAGAGCCGAAAAGAAGUCCAAGAAGGACAAAAAGGAGAAGAAAGAAAAGAAGGAUAAAAAAUCCAAGAAAGAGAAGAAGCAUCGCAAGCACGAGACCUCCGCCGAGGAAGAAACUCCUGCCGAUAUCGAGAUAGCCGGCGCAGAAGACAUUGCGCCCGACACCAAUGGCACAACCGAGGACACUCCCGUUAACGGCGAUGCUGCCGUAGAGGAUGAGAAGCCUUCCAAGGAGAGCAAGAAGGACAAAAAGUCCAAGAAGGAUAAGAAAGAGAAAAAGGCCAAAAAGGACAAGAAGUCCUCUGUGCAAGCCUCCACCAACGAAGCACCCGCAAAUCCCAACACCACAGAAGCUGACGAGCCCGCCGCCGAAGAAGGCCAACAAGACGAUGAGACCUCCGGCACCAACAAAAAAGCCCCGCGCUUCAUAGUCUUCGUCGGAAACCUCCCCUACGCCGCGACAACUGAACAAAUUGAAUCGCACUUCAGCGGCGUACACCCAACCUCCGUCCGCCUCCUGCAUGACCCACGCACCAAACGCUCCCGCGGAAUCGCCUUCGUCGAGUUCGCGCGAUACGACUACAUGAAAACCUGCCUAAAAACCCUCCACCACAGCACAUUCACCUGUCCCACCGCCGACUCCCGCACCGGAAAAACGCGAACCGAAGAGCGAAAGAUAAACGUCGAGCUCACGGCUGGUGGCGGCGGUAACACAUCUUUCCGUAAGGACAAGAUCCGCGCCAAGAAUGAGAAGUUGAAUGAGGAGCGCGCGCGAAGAGCGGCUGAGGAGCAAAAGGCUAAGGAGUUGAAGGAGAAGGAGAAGGGUGGUGAAAAUGGCAAGGAGAAAGCUGGGAUCGAGGAUAGUGUUCAUCCGAGCCGUAGACAACGGGUGCCUGGAGCUGGGUUUUAGUUGAUUGAUCCAUAGAUGCUUUGCUACUUAUUCUACACCUAUAACGUAGUGAUACCCGGCCUAAUAUGAUUUCAUGAUUUUCAUACACGUACUAAA